AUAAUACAUUUGGGAUGCUAUAAAUGUAAAUCCCCAAUAAAAAAAAAAAGGCGUCCAUAACCGAUUGGCCUGUCAAAGUCCAGCUUAUAUCAGCAAGUCUCCUCAAUUCAUGGAAUUAACACCAAACUCUUCCCUUUCCACCCUGUCUCCCUAAUUUCCCCCCUCCCUUCCCAUUUCUUUCUCCCGGCUCGCCUCCACUCUAUAUCUCCAUUUUUCAUGCCCACAGAUUUCUUUCUAGGGGCGGUCCGGCCCAAAAAUGAUCGCCGCACAUGUUGCCAAAUUCCUCAUAUAACCCCGCCGCCGGCCGCCCCCCUCCCUCUUUCAUGGCCCGCCAUGCUUCUCCUCACUCCUCCAUCUCCGGCAACACCGAAUCAUCCACCUCCACAUCCUCUGGCAACAGCGAAAUCGAUUGGCCUUUCGGUGCCCGCCUUGGCACCCUCCGCCGCUCCGAGCUCCGUGAAACCGCUUACGAGAUUUUUUUCAUGUCCUGCCGCUCCUCCACUGGAUUCAGAAACAGGGGAGCCACAGCCUACGUCGGAAGCCGUGGCGAUGUGGUGGAGUUCCCAUCCUCUCUGCAGCAGCCGGCGAUAGUUGGCCCCAAGGGCGGCACCGGAAUGAUGGUGGUGACGAGCAAGGUAAAGAACGUGCUCGGGCUCAAGGCGCGAAGGGCGCCUCCAAUGCUUACAAUGAACGCCGUGGCGCUGAGAUCGGUGGCAAAUUUAUACGCUGCCAUACCGAACUCACCGGGAAGAAACGCGGUGCCGAGCUCUCCCGGAAGGAUCAAGAGACCGAUGACUUCUGCCGAGAUAAUGCGGCGGCAGAUGCGCGUCACGGACCAGAGCGAUAGCAGGCUUAGGAAAAUUUUGAUGAGAAGCUUCGUCGGCCAGAAUGGUAGGAGAGCAGAGACCAUCAUUCUGCCGCUUGAGCUCCUCCGCCACCUAAAACCAUCGGAAUUCAACGACAGUCAAGAGUACCAUCAAUGGCAGCGGCGACAGCUAAAGAUCCUCGAAGUCGGCCUUCUUCUCCACCCAUCCCUUCCCCUUGAUCGCCUCAAUGCCGCCGCUCUCCUAUUCCGGCAAGUUCUAUUGGAUAGUGAGGUAAAGCCCAUCGACACGAGCAAAAACUCAGAAGACAUGCGCAACCUUAGCAGCGCCGUGACAGCUCUUGCCUGGCGCAGUUCCACCGCAUCCAACAACGGAAACUGUCAUUGGGCCGAUGGCUUCCCCGUUAACGUCCACCUCUACCUCGCCCUCCUUAAAUCCAUCUUUGACUUGCGAGAAGAAACCGUCGUCCUCGAUGAGGUCGAUGAAAUUCUGGAGCUACUUAAGAAAACCUGGCCUACUUUAGGAAUCAACCGAGUGAUCCAUAAUGUCUGCUUCACCUGGGUUUUAUUCCACCAGUACGUCGUCACCGCGCAGAUUGAGCCGGACUUAAUCAAGGCGACGUUAAAAAUGCUAUUCGAAGUGGCGAACGACGUGAAACAAGGAGUAGAUCGAGAUCCGAAUUACAUCAAGGUUCUCUCGGGCGUUCUGGUUUCGAUGCAGGGGUGGACGGAGAAAAGGUUACUGGACUACCAUGAGAAUUUUAACAAGGGAACGCUUGAAAACAUGGAGAAAAUUCUUUCGCUGGCCCUCUCAACAACAAAAAUCAUCGUUGAAGAUCUUCCCGGGAUGGCAGGUAGCACGCCGGGGCUUGUAGAGAGAGAAACCGCUGCAGGCCCAAUUUCCAGCCGGGUUGCAUUCUACAUACAAAGAUCUCUGCGCAAUGCUUUUACUAAGGUGUUUGAGACGGGGCAUGGGCGCGUCGAUAGCAUGAUCGUGGAGGUGGAUGAGGAUCCUAGCGAUAUCUUGAUCCAGUUGGCUAAGGACACGGAGGGGAUCGCCGCUGCCGAGAGAGAGAAGUUCAGUCCAGUGCUGCGAAAAUGGUGCCCUGCGGCGGCCGGAGUAGCUCUGGUAACGCUGCAUAAUUGCUUCGGAGUUAUACUGAAGCAGUACCUUGCCAAGGCGAAUAGCCUCACCAACAACCUCGUGCGCGUUCUCCAUUGCGCCAGCAGCCUUGAAAAGCUGCUAAUGCAGAUGGUUGCUGACGACGCCGGCGCUAACGAGGAUGGAAACAAGAAUUAUAGCCUUCUGAGAGAGAUGGUUCCAUACGAGGUCGACACCAUUGCCGUUGGUCUCAUGAAAACUUGGGUAGAUGAGAGGCUUCGAAUUGGAAGGGAAAAUGUUAGAAGAGCCAAAGAAACAGAAAACUGGAUGCCGAAAUCCAAGAGCGAGCCAUUCACGCAAUCGGCUGUAGAUCUGAUAAAAUUGGCCAAGGUGACGGUCGAUGAGUUCUUCCAGAUUCCAUUGGUGGCAAGAGAUGAAAUGGUGCACGAUUUGGCCGAGGGACUUGAAUCCAUCUUUCAGGAAUAUACUAAUUUUGUGGCGUCAUGCGGUAAUCGGCAGAGCUACAUGCCAUCGUUGCCGCCAUUGACGCGAUGUAAUCAGGACUCGAGAUUGACGAAGUUGUGGAAGAAGGCGAAGCCAUGUACAACUGGUAUGGAGAAUCAACAGGUCGUGGUCGGCGGUGGAGGCUUGGUUGCCGGAACUCCUGCGGGAGAAACCCACCAUCCACGGGCGUCGACAAGCCGAACCCACCAUCCACGGUCGUCGACAAGCCGAGGAACGCAGCGGCUGUAUAUCCGAAUAAACACUCUCCAUUACCUCCAUUCUCACAUCCACUCCCUCGACAAGUCUCUCACCUUCUUCUCCCGCGGUGGAGCCGGCUCUGUCUCCGCCCUCCCAGGCCCUUCCCCCACACUCCGCUACCACCAGCAACAGCUUCAAGCCAAUCGCCGACUAACCCCCGCCACUCACUUCGAUCUCAUCCGCGCCUCGAUUCAGGUCGCCAUCCAACGCGUUUCCGAGGUCGCCGCCUAUCGUCUCAUCUUCCUCGACACCGGCCAUUCCUUUUAUGGUAGCCUCUACGUUGACGACGUGAGCGAAUCAAGAAUCCGACCCACAUUGAGGAUUCUAAAGCAGAACCUUAAUCUCCUGCUAACAGUGCUCACCGACAGAGCGCAGCCGACCGCGAUGAAGGAGGUGAUGAGGGCGACAUUCGAAGCGUUCUUGCUGGUGCUCCUAGCCGGAGGAACGGAAAGAGCUUUCGUCCGAACAGAUUAUGAGAUGGUGAUGGAAGAUUUCCGCAACUUGAAGAGAGUUUUCUGCGCCUCCGGGGAGGGUUUAGUGUCGGAAGAAGUGGUGGAUAAGGAGGCGAGGGUGGUGGAAGGGAUCAUCGGACUCAUGGGUUUGCCGACGGAGAAGAUCAUUGAAGAUUUCACUAAUGCCGCCUAUGCAUCGAGCGGGUCGAGUAGUCCUGCAGAAGGGCGGAAGCUUCGCAUGCCGCCGACCACCGGAAGGUGGAGCCGAUCAGAUCCUAAUACCGUCCUGCGAGUCCUCUGUCAUCGAAACGAUGACGCUGCUAAUAAUUUCUUGAAGAAGGCUUUUCAACUGCCCAAGAGAAGAUAAUGCUAUUUUUUUUUUUUUUUCAAUUUGUUUCAUUAUUUUGAUCGAAGCGAUUUUUACUUUUUUUAUAAAAUAAUAAUCUAACAAAAUCGUUGAAGGGUUUUUUGAUAAUGAAGAGAACAAAUAAGAUUUCUUACCCGGAUGUAGAGAAAGGGAAGAAGAGAGCUGCAUAGAAGCUGUCA